GAUCGAGGAAGUCAACCUACUUGAGGACAAAGAGUUCUACGAUGUGCUGUACAUUCACAACACCGAGCCUGGCACUGAGUACCGUCUUAACCUGAAGACGAAGGAGUGUCAGAAGAGGGAGAUGUCCAACGCCUGGCGUCCCUUCCAAGUCCCCCCGAACUCCACCUUCCUGGGUGAAAGUUACAUCGGGACCGGCGCGGUGCCAGGGGCAGGCGUGCUGACGGAGCUUUGGUCCAAUACCUUUGAGGACGGAGACAAGUACUUUGGUGUCUACACCGUGGAGGGGUGCAUUCCCAUCCAAGAGGAAUUCUACAGCAACCGCACUGGCCUUGUCUCUACAUUCUUCUUUGACGUGACAGCCGGCAUCUCCGACCCAAACGUCUUCAUCCCACCGAGAGAAUGCAUGUAGUUAGUUACUACCCGCGUUAGCUUGUCGUGAAGUCUACACAGAUUCCAUUACAUAACAGAAUCAGUUUUCAUUGUAAAUUCUGCUGUUUUUACGUUCAUGAACAUCAACGUGAUGUAAUUUUACGUUCGAUGUGGAUUGUUCUGUAAACGUUUCAUGCUUCUAUAAAUGAUUGUUCUUUCCCUCGUCACCGUGAUGACUUGCUGGCAAAUAUAAAAUAUUUUCACUCUAUCUCUUUCGUUUUACUAAUGUGACAGUAAUCUCAGGAUAGCUGAAAAGUAUUUGGACCUUAUACAAUAAAAUGGUUGUGAAUUACAUUUUUUAUGGUACGA